AAGGGGAAGAAGAAGGAGGAGAAGGGGAGGAAGAAGGAGGAGAAGAAGAAGAGGUGGAGGGGACUGAGUCUCCCACCAAUGAGACGACAGAGGCACCCACCAACUUCACAGACAGCCUUCCUUCAGAGUGUCUGACGGCUGAUGGACACAUCAGCUGCAGGGGCGUUGGCAUGACUCACCUGCCAAUCAUCAACAGUCUGGCAGUCACAAAGCUAGAUCUGGCAGAGAACAGCAUCAGUCACAUCAAUCCAGAGGGUUUCUCUGGUAUCCCAAACAUCGAGACUCUUGAUCUGAGCAAAAACAAACUGGAUGAUGAGUCACUCGGCCCAAACCUGCUGUCUAACUUAACCUUUCUGAAGAAGCUGAACCUAGAUGGCAACCACCUAACGAAGAUCCCAGCACUGCCACCAUCUCUGGAAGAACUGAGAAUGAACAGCAACCAACUUGACUCACUCACCCCUCACUGCUUCAUGGGUUUGGUGAACCUGCUGUCUCUGCAGCUGCAGGACAAUAUUCUCUAUGAGGGCAACGUGUCUCCUUUAGCCUUCAAGCCACUAGAGAGGAUUGUGGACCUGCGAUUGGACAACAACCGCUUCCGCUUCUUUCCUCAGGGCCUUCCUUCCUCUCUGCAGGAGCUGAGAAUAAGUGACAAUCAGAUAGAGGAUGUGACAGAAGAGGCUCUGAGUGGAUGUGUCCAUCUGAGACUGCUGAACCUGAGUCACAACGUGCUGCACGAACAGAGCAUCGCUGCUCGGGCCUGGACCAAUCUCACUGCUCUGGAAGACUUGGACAUGUCCUAUAACCGCCUGACCUCCGUCCCCAUGCAUCUGCCACGGCCUCUCCGUCAUCUGACCCUACAACACAAUGCCAUCAGACACAUCCCUGCCCACAUCUUCCGUCACCUGCGGCCCGGCCUGAAGUCCCUUUUUCUGUCCCACAACGUCCUGGGUGAUGACGGUCUAGAGCGAUUUUCAUUUGCUGGAACAUACCGCACACUUGGUAAGCUCCUAUUGGACAAUAACCGUCUGGAGGAGGUCCCGCGCUGGCUUCGACAGUUUAAGAACCUGCAGGUGUUGAGACUGGACAACAACCAGAUCAGGUCGUUGAGACAGUGGGGAGUGUGCCACCCUCGUAAUUCUGGCUCCAGCCUGACCUCUGUCCACUUGGAAAACAACCUGCUGGAGGUGGAGAAGAUUCCCCCAAAGGCCUUCUCCUGCCUCAUUGACGCCCAGGGGCUGGUGCUUUAGCCACAGCACGGCCAGAUAGACCAAGAUACACAGGCAGAUAGAAUAACACACACACACACACACACACACACACACACACAACAUGCACAUACACAUCUUGCAACCGUGCAAGUUGUGAGAGAGCUUUCUAUGUCAGAAUUUCGUCUCUCCUUCAUUUCCAGUCAUAUUACUUUUCUCCUCUCAUUUGUUUACUAUUGCCGUCCUAAUCCAGGCAGAGUUUGCAGGGAAAUUGAUUCAUUACAUUGUUUGCAUAGUCAAACGACACAGUUCCAGUUUUGUUUUGCUCUGUCUUUUCAUUUAAUACCUUGGAUUAUGAAGAUCAUGAUGACUUAUGCACCAAAGCAAAUGUGUAAUUUGCAUAGUAGACGAGCUGCUCUUGAUAUAAAAUACCCUUGGAGUUCUAAAAGGAUAAUAAAUUGAAGCAAAAUCCU